AUGUUGAUCAAAUUCUUUGAGGUUCAAGCUCAAGUGCGACAUGCAAAACUCAACUUUGACAAACUGAAGACUGAUGUCUGUCAAAAAGUUGACCUUUUGGGAGCGAGCAGAUGCAACCUUCUUUCUCAUGUACUAACAACAUAUCAGACAACACUUCUUCAUUUUUGGGAAAAAACUUCGCACACAAUGGCAGCUAUCCAUGAAAGUUUUAAAGGUUAUCAGCCAUAUGAAUUCACUAUGCUAAAGAGUUUGCAAGAUCCUGUGAAUAAACUAAGAGAAACAGCAGAAAAGGAGGACCCACAGACUGAAAGCACCAAAUCAGAAGAUCAGCAGAGUCAGUUGAUUUCAUUAGAUGAGGAGAGUCAUACCAAGGAACCAGACUACUCAGCUCAUGAUGGCAAGGAUUCCCUAUCCAAGUUACAAGGAAAUGGUAACCACAAACAGAACUCAGGUGCUGUAGAUGACUUAUUAGACCUGCAACCUGAAGAAAAUGCAUCAAAGGAGCAGUUUGCAAAGUCCUUAAAAUCAGAACCUAGUGAUAAGGAUGACUUGGUAAUACUGGAUGAUAUCCUCAGUGCUUCCUCCCUGGAAGAGGGAGAGUUCAGCAAAGAAUGGACAGCUGUUUUUGGACAGGAUGAUCUCGCCAUGAACUCUUCAGCUGGAGAUGGGGAUAACACUUCAGCUGUGGCAUCGACUCCAUCAGGCUAUUUGCCUUCUCAACUAUUGGACCAAAAUAUGAAUGACUUGCAGUCAUCUUUACGUGGGUGGGCAGCUAACAGUGGGAGCCCCCUGUCUGUACCACAGCCAGCACAGAAACCGAACAGCCUGAAUGUGAACGCUAACAAGACGCCAGUGAAAGGUGAACCUACAAGGAAUCCUAAAGACUGGACUGCCUGGUUCAGUAUCUUUGCUGACCUUGACCCGUUAUCCAAUCCUGAUGCUGUUGGGAAAACUGAUAAAGAACAUGAAUUGCUUAAUGCAUGAGUCAGCUGCCUAUGAAUUUGCACCUGUUUGCAGAAGUUUCUUGCAACUGAUGAUUUACCAUGCCUUCAAAACAUUCAUAUUUCUGUUCAGAGUAUUUUUCAUCAAAUUUAUUUCUGAAGCAUGUGUUACUUUGAGCUUGUUGUGACAUUAACUCUUUAAUAAAAUGAUUUUCACAAGAAA